AUGCAGAAGUUGCAACCAUCGUGGGUGUCCCACAGAAUGUCUACCUCGACUACAUACGCAAUGAGAUUGACACAGAGCAAAACUUUCUCCAACUGCCCUGGACCAUUCUGCUGUUGCUGUCCUUUACGGUGCUCAGCAUGGGCUUGCUCCAGCAAGAUGUGGAGUUCGCCCUGCAGGAG